UGCCCAUUUCCAAAAAUUUCCUCAAUCCGGAUUCCAGACUCCCAACUCAAAAGUUCCAAACCACAAAAACGCAAAGCUGAUCCUUUCUGACAAUCGUACUGCUACCGUCUUCCUCCGGACGCUGUAACCACGGUCAAAACUGAUUUCAAAAACAUGCCCUCAAAACGCCCAACUCUCUUUUUCUUGCUCUUCCCUUUCCUCCUGUCCAUCUCUCGAUCGUUCCCAACUCCGGUCAAUUCUUCUCGAACUCUGUCACUUCACAAGUCAAAGCUCCACUUCGAUGAUCAAUCCCUCACUUUGCUCUGGCCCUUGCCGGCUCAAUACACUUUCGGCAAUCAAACCCUCACCGUCGAUCCCAAUCUCUCGCUUGUGCUUAGCGGCAAUGGCGGCGCUUCUGGUAUCGUUAAAGAAGCUGUUCAGAGAUAUAAAGAUCUCAUCUUUAAGCAUUCUUCCAAAGUACCCAGCACUUCUGGAGUUGUCUAUGAUAUUCAGAAGCUUAGCAUUAUUGUUCAGUCCGACAAUGAAGAGCUGCAACUUGGAGUAGAUGAGAGCUAUUCGUUGUUGGUGGGAAAGAAUGACGAACAUUCGAUUAUCGGGGAAGCCACCAUUGAGGCUAAUUCUGUGUAUGGCGCACUACGUGGGUUGGAGACAUUGAGCCAACUGUGUGUAUUUGAUUAUGGAGCUAAAACUGUGCUAGUGUCCAAAGCACCAUGGUUCAUUCAAGACAAGCCAAGGUUCGAGUAUCGUGGGCUUUCGCUUGAUACUUCAAGACACUAUUAUCCCAUUGAUGUUAUCAAGCAAGUCAUUGAAUCAAUGUCCUAUGCUAAACUUAAUGUCCUUCACUGGCACAUCAUAGAUGAAGAGUCCUUUCCUCUGGAAGUGCCUAGAUACCCAAAGUUGUGGAAAGGGGCAUAUUCCAAAUGGGAACGCUAUACGGUUGAGGAUGCCCAAGAAAUUGUUAGCUAUGCGAAAAUGAGAGGUAUCAAUGUCAUGGCAGAAGUUGACGUCCCUGGUCAUGCAGAGUCAUGGGGUAAAGGUUAUCCUGAUCUCUGGCCUUCGCCCUCUUGCACAGAGCCCCUGGACAUUUCUAAAAACUUUACCUUUGAUGUGAUUUCUGGCAUCCUUGCAGGCAUGAGGGAAAUCUUUCCAUUCAAGUUCUUCCACUUAGGUGGUGAUGAGGUAAAUACAGAUUGUUGGAAAUCUACUCCACAUGUGAAGCAAUGGCUGCAAGAUCAUAAUAUGACUGUUAAAGAUGGAUAUCAAUAUUUUGUGCUCAAAGCUCAAGAAAUAGCCUUGUCACUUAAUUGGACCCCUGUCAACUGGGAGGAGACCUUCAACACAUUUCCAUCUAAACUCAACCCUCAAACUGUGGUGCAUAACUGGUUGGGUCCUGGUGUAUGCCCAAAGGCUGUUGCAAAGGGUUUUAGAUGCAUUUUUAGCAAUCAAGGUGUCUGGUACCUAGACCACUUAGACGUGCCAUGGAAUGAGACCUACUAUGCUGAGCCACUGGAAGGAAUAAAAGAUGCCUCUGAACAAAGACUUGUGCUUGGAGGAGAAGUAUGCAUGUGGAGUGAAACAGCUGAUACCUCUGAUGUUCAACAAACAAUAUGGCCUCGAGCUGCAGCAGCAGCAGAGCGCUUGUGGAGUGACAGGGAGGCAACAUCUGCACCAGAUACUAAGUCAAGUGCAUUGAAUAGAUUGGAAUACUUCCGCUGCCUCUUGAAUAGGCGCGGAGUUGCAGCUGCUCCAGUUAGAAACCAAUACGCUCGAAGACCUCCAAUUGGUGCCGGAUCAUGCUAUGACCAGUAAUUCUUUGUACUUUCUUACUAUAAUUUAACAGCACCCGCUCAUGGGGUGCUCCAUCAUUGUAUCAAGCUCUUCAGAAGUCCAUGCCAUUAGUCGGUCCAGCGUACUGGUUACAUUCCAUCGGCUUCUGGUUUCUAUUGAAACCCAAAUUUAUACUAGAUCUGUGAACAUCUUCAUGCAUUGUAAAUCAUGUUCUCCAUGUAUCCAACGUAUAGUUGUGUCUCUGUUCAUUCUGGGCUAAAUUGGAUUUCGCAUUCUCAA